GUACAAAAUCUUUAUUUAUAAAUAUAUAGUCCUCACCUCCUCAAUAUCCACCCACCUCCUUCUCCAUAACUCUCUCUCUCUCUAUCUCCAAACACAACCAAAAGCUUUCAUCUCUCAAGAAACCAAAACAAAUGGCUAUAAUUAAAAAAACUUCAAAAGUCACACAAACAGCAAUGCUGAAGCAGAUUCUGAAGAGAUGCUCAAGCUUAGGGAAGAAGAACGGAGGAGGGUACGAUGAAGAUUGCCUUCCACUCGAUGUACCAAAGGGUCACUUCCCUGUCUAUGUCGGAGAGAACAGAAGCAGAUACAUUGUCCCAAUCUCCUUCUUGACUCAUCCUGAGUUCCAAUCUCUCUUACGACGAGCCGAGGAAGAAUUUGGGUUCGAUCACGACAUGGGUCUCACCAUUCCAUGUGAUGAACUCGCGUUUCAAACCCUAACCUCCAUGAUCCGAUGAUAUUUUAAGUUACAUCAUUUGAAGAAUAAGCAGAAGAAGAUGGUUAAAAAGAAGAAGAAAAAGCGCAUCUCUUCUCUUUUCUAAGUAAUUUUUUUUCCUCUAUUUUAAAACCCAUCUAGGGUUUUUUUUACGAGUUAAUUGAUUCGUCUAACAAGAGAGAGAAAAACCCAUAUGAGAUAUAGAUUCUAUGGGGUUAGAUCUGUAAAGAAAAGUUUGUAAUGUUUUCCUCACAGAUCUUGAUUCUGUGAGAGAAGUUAUUCAAUGCAAGAAAAAGUAUUCCUCCA